GCGCGGAAAAAGAAACAAUCAUGGCUGAAGAGGAGGUGUCUGACAGUGAACAGCAGGCUGUGAAGCCGCCUCCCAAACGACGACGCAUCCUUGACCCCUCAGCUAUCGUCUCGGUGCCUGUUUACUCCAACAAGGUAAACAGCAGUCUGCAGCUGAAGCCAGCGGCAGCUGUGUUCACAGAAGAGGAAAAGUCAGAGGAUGCUGCAGACGACAGUUUGUUGUCAAUGUUUUCAUCUCGAGAACCAACAGCAGCCAUCAUCGCUCUCAGUGACUCUGAGGAGGACGAAGUAGAACAUUUGGAGAACAGACCACAACAAAUGACGAAGAAAAAAGAACCAGCAGUCAUUCGCUGCCCAUCUCCCCCUCCACCAGAGAGUCCAGUUAAGAAACAGUCCAGACAGGUCAAACAAAAGAUCAGCGAGAUCGACAAAAAGCUCCGGGCGGUGAACUCCCUCCUGUCUCCUGAACCUCAGCACCGGAGGUCCAGAGGUCGCUCGUCCCCAGGAGAGCAAGACAAUGAUGACCUCAUCAUCAUGAACCCUAACUCUGGGCUUCAGGAUUCUCUGUACAGCUCGUCAGUCCGGGAGAUCCCCCUCAAGAUCCGCUGUCGAACGGACAUUCACAAGAUCCCAGUCCUGUCUUCGACACCUCUGAGUGAUGUGGUGACCCAGCUGUCCAUCAUCCUUAACGUUCCUCCUCCUCGCCUCCUGCUGUUGAGGGAGGCAGUGGAGCUUCCAGCAGACUCCACUGUUGGCAAGCUCGGCCUCGGCAUUGCUGACAUCAUAGAAUGUGUCGUCAUGGCAGCGGAGAAUAAAAGUGAAGCAGACAGCAGCAGCAACAGCAUCACCGUGAGGCUGCAGAGCAAAGACAGAGACUCUUCACAGGAGUUCUCUCUACGCAGAGACGCACCACUAGGCUCUAUCUUCACCCAGUACCUGUCCAGGAUGUCGAUAAACGCUCAGAGUAAGGUACGCUUCCACUUCGAUGGCUGCAAAGUGAAACACAGCCAGACACCAGCUCAGCUCGACAUGGAGGACGGAGACAUCAUCGAAGUUUGGAUUUAGAUUAAUUUCAUUACAUGGAUAAUAUGUAUAUAAAAAAAAUAGAAAAUCACUUGUUGGUAGUUCAGUCACUUUAUUUGUAAAAGUCAAUUAUUUUUAAAUGCUGAAAGUACAAAGAUACAAAGACAAUGGGAUUAUAUGUUUACAAACUAUUCAAAUCUUUUUUUAAAAAUCUGACUGUAAACAUAAAAGCCAUUAAAUGACUGUAUAAUUGUAAAUUUAUUGUAAUUCUUUUUGUGACUGUACAAUAACUACUUACUUUUUUGCUGUUAUUGAAAUAAUUAAAGGAGUAGAAGUUACUCUGUAAGAAAACUCACAGGUUGUAAGUCUGUAAGUGGAAGAGGAAGUAGAUCCUUUAACCUUCCUGUUAUCCUCAGAUUCACUAAUGUCUUGUCUUUAGGGUCAGUUUGACCCCAGCUGGAGCUAUUAAACCUCUAGAAAAGGG